GGCAAGCUCCGAACAAACUCUUUUUUUGCCGCUCAAAUUCUUUCUCACUUUCUUUUCCGGCGGCUUCAGCUCCGAUAGAACGCCGAAGUGAACCUUUCUCUCUCCAGAGCUUCUCUGAAGUAAUCGCCGCAACUUCUUUUGAAGCUUACCGUGUUGUGUUGAAGUCAUGGAUACUGAUGAGGAGUGCUCAAUUGUUCUUCAGUUAUCUGACAAUGAUCCUUUCUUUGAUGAAAAGAAGAAACUACUACAGUGUAAGGGGUUUAGUGCCGAGGAACGGAUAUUUCUCAGGCGCGCUUCAGAACCUCCUAGGAUGAAUGAUACCGUAAAGAUCUUACUUCAGAUUGCAAGAAUCAUACAGUUGAAUGAGCUGGAACUCUAUUUUGCUGAAGACGAUGCAUCAGUGGAGUUUUACAGUCCCAGGAAUGAGUUGGAGGCUCUCAAUUCAAUUGUUUCGGUCACUGAAAAAUUACUUUCUAGUUGUACACAUUCCCAUACAAAUAUCCUGCAAGGGUUACGUCAAACGAUUCUUGAUUUAAUUUCUGAUUUUGCGGACCAAAAAAAUAUAAAGGGAGUAAUUGAGAAGCACCACAUUUGUGAGAAAGAAGAACAGGUGAUCGAGUGGGGUAACAGCCAUGGCGUAAAGACACAAUUAAAGAUAGCUUAUGUUGAAGGAGCAGGACGGGGAAUGAUAGGAGGAAAAGAUCUAAAAGUUGGAGAUAUUGCUAUAGAAAUUCCUGUGUCCCUUAUCAUUUCCGAGGAGCUUAUGCUUGAAACUGAUAUGUAUCGUCUCUUAAAAGAGGUUGAUGGCAUAUCAUCGGAGACAAUAUUGCUAUUAUGGAGUAUGAAAGAGAAAUACAACUGUGAUUCAAAAUUCAAAUUUUACUUUGACACACUUCCAGAAAAAUUUAAUACAGGAUUGAGUUUUGGGAUUGAAGCGAUUACAAUGUUAGAUGGAACCUUGCUGUUUGAAGAGAUAAUGCAAGCAAGAGAGCAUCUGCAUGCUCAGUAUGAUGAGUUGGUUCCUGCUCUGUGCAAUGGUUUUCCUGAUAUAUUUCCUCCAGAGCUGUACACGUGGGAGAAAUUUCUAUGGGCUUGUGAGCUUUGGUAUUCCAAUAGCAUGAAGAUAAUGUAUUCAGAUGGAAAGCUGAGGACAUGUUUGAUCCCUCUUGCUGGUUUUCUUAAUCACUCACUGCACCCACAUAUUAUGCACUAUGGCAAAGUAGAUCCUUCAACAAAUUCAUUGAAAUUUUGUCUAUCAAGACCAUGCAGAUCUGGAGAAGAAUGCUGCUUAAGCUACGGGAACUUCUCCAGCUCUCAUUUUAUUACGUUUUACGGUUUCUUACCUCAAGGAGACAACCCGUAUGAUGUUAUUCCUUUAGACAUUGAUAGUUCUGAUGUUGAUUCUAUUGAGCAUAAGCCUGUGUCCAACUGGACAAGUCACAUGGUGCGUGGUACUUGGCUCUCCAACAAUCACAGCAUAUUCCAUUAUGGCCUUCCCUCUCCAUUAUUGGAUCAUCUCCGGAGAUCUCGAAGUCCCAUGCUGCAAACAAAGACAUUCUUGCAAGGAAACUUGGAAAAUGAGCUGGAAGUUCUUGGAGAUCUUAAAGACAUCUUUGAUGACAUGGUGGACAAUAUGGGUGAUAUCGAUCUCGAUGACAGAGAAAACUACAAUUGGGAUGAAAAAUUAGCAAUGGAUUUUAAAAAUCUACAAAGACGAAUUGCCCAUUCUGUUUCAACUUCAUGCAGUUCUGGGGUCAACAUGUUGAAGAAUGAACUACAGAAGUGUAUGGCUGAGGACAUCAUAGGCUAAUUACUCUUAGCUGUAGCAUGUAAUUUGGACCAUAGGUUAGAUUUUGAUAUGUUGAUGAUUAACUUCAGAGUAGACCUCAUUUAGCGGUGGGAUAAAAUUUGGUUGUUGUUGAUUAGAUUCCUAAUGAAGUUUUGCCGUCAUUGCUCUAUGGGCCUUGGCUUGUUAGUGGCAUAGGGCAGCUCAGAAUAUCCUUUUGAUGGGGUUGAAAAAUGAUUGGUUCCAGAUCUUUUGUUUGCUGUAGCAAUUGAUGCCAUGUAUUCUUUUGAAAA